AGUCCAGGUGCUGAGAGGUUUUAUCAACCAGUGACUGAGUGCGGCUGUUUGAAAGGACGAUAUCAGAGUACGAGCAGGAACUCUGUCGGUCCAAAGAGGAGAACCAGAGACACCGGAAGCUGCUGGACGCGGUGUUCCAGCCUGAAGUCCGGCUGCACAGAGCAGUGAGUCCUACAGACUUCCAGCAGCUGUCGAGGAAGAAAGAAGAGGUUCCCCCUGAGCAGCAGGUGGGGAGUCCCAGGUCUGGACCAGGAGGACCCAGAGCCCCCACACAUUGAAGAAAACGGGAACCCCAGUAUGGACCAGGAGGACCCAGAGCCCCCACACAUUAAAGAGGAGUGGAGCCCCAGUCUGGACCAGGAGGACCCAGAGCCCCCACACAUUGAAGAAAACGGGAACCCCAGUAUGGACCAGGAGGACCCAGAGCCCCCACACAUUAAGGAGGAACAGGAGGAACUCUGGACCAGUCGGGAGGGAGAGCAGCUUCCAGGGCUGGAGGAGGCUGAUAUCACUAAGUUCUCAUUCACUCCUGUCCCUGUGAAGAGUGAAGAUGAUGAAGAGAAACCUCAGUCCUCACAGCUUCAUCAGAGCCAGACUGAACAGAUGGAAACAGAAGCUGAUGGAAAGGACUGUGGAGGACCAGAACCAGCAAGGAACUCUGAUCCAGGUAGUCUUUUACAACCUGAGAAUGAAGACAAGACUGAAGAAUCUUUUAAAACUGUAGACAGUGUUGACAGUGAUUACUGGAAGGAGACCAGAGAACACUGUUCAGCUGAAGAGUCUCUUGAACCUGAGACUGAUGAAGACAACAGGAAAUAUCAGUUUGAUUUAAACUCUCCCCAUAAUGAUGAAGUCCUAGUCAGUCAUAGGACACACGUUACUGACCAAAAAAUGUUCAGCUGCUCAGAGUGUGGGAAAAGAUUAACUCUAAAGGGAAAUUUGCAGAGACACAUGAGAAUCCACACAAGAGAGACACCAUUCAGCUGCAGUGUUUGUAGCAGAAGAUUUCCUUCGUUUAAUGAACUCAAAAAACACAAGUGUGUUGAUGAGUCCUCAAAUGGAAACCAAACUAAAGAGAACAGAGAGGCAGAGCCUCGAGCAACAAGCUCAGUUGAACAGAUGGAAACAGAAGCUGAUGGAGAGGACUGUGGAGGACCAGAACCAGCCAGGAACUCUGAUCCAGGUAGACCUUUACAACCUGAGACUGAAGACUCGUCUAAACUUGAUACUGAAGACAGUGAUGAUGACUGUGAGGAAACCAGAAAUUGCCCUUCAGGUUCAAACACUGAUGACAUCCCUGUCAUGUCUGGGACACACAUUACUGAUAGGAAAUCAUUCAGCUGUUCUGUGUGUGGGAAAAUAUUUACCCGAAAAGCAAAUUUGCAGUGUCACAUGAAGAUCCACACAGGAGAGAAACCAUUCAGCUGCUCUGAGUGUGGGGCAAGAUUUUUCCUAAAGGGAAAUUUGCAGUCACACAUGAGAACUCAUACAGGAGAGAAACCGUUCAGCUGCUCUGAGUGUGGAAAAAGAUAUAACUCAAAGCACAAUUUACAGUCACACAUGAGAACUCACACAGGGGAGAAACCCUUCAGCUGCUCUGAGUGUGGUAGAAAAUUUACUAAAAAGGGAAGUGUGCAGAGACACAUGAGAAUCCAUACUAGAGAGAAACCAUUUAGCUGCUCCGAGUGUGGGAAAACAUUUAAUGCAAAGGAUAAUCUGAUGAGACACACGAGAACUCACACAGGAGAGAAACCAUUCAGCUGCUCCGAGUGUGGGAAAACAUUUCCUAUAAAGCAAUAUCUGACGAAACACAUGAGAUUACACAUAGGAGAGAAACCAUUCGGCUGCUCAGUCUGUGGUGAAAGAUUUAUGCUAAAGUUUUAUCUGACAUCCCACAUGAGAAGCCACCCAGAGGAACCACUGAGCUGCUCUGAGUGUGGUAAAACAUUCACUUUGAAGACAAGUUUGAAGGUACACAUGAGAAUCCACACAGGAGAGAAACCCUUCAGCUGCAGGGUUUGUGACAGAAGAUUCACUUGGCGUAAACAACUCAAAAAACACAAGUGUGGUGGCGAGUCCUCACAUGGAAACCAACUUGAGGAGAACCGAGAGGCAGAGCCUCGAGCCAGCAGCUCAGCUGAACAGAUGGAAGCAUAAGGUGAUGGAGAGGACUGUGGAGGACCAGAACCAGCCAGGAACUCUGGUCCAGAUAGUGAUAACCAAAGGGUCUGAUCAUUUCCUGAUCCGCUGUGAUUUCACACCACAACACACCUCUGCUCGAACUACUGUUCACCUUUCGAUGAAUCAGUAAAAAAUCCCUUUCUUGUCUGUGUAUGAGCAGCAGACGGGUUCUGCUUUACUGGCUAGCUUACUUUUAUCUUUUGCUUCAUGCUGAGAUAAUAAAGCUGCUAUCACACCGGUC